AUUUGCUCCCGGAGCUUGGUGUGCCGAAUAACUCCAGCUGCUGACCUUUUGCGACACAUUCUCGAGCUCAAACACAGCUUCACCUCGGCGUUGCAGAGCUCUGCAAGUGCCAUUGACGCCCAACACCCCGCCCAGUGCGUUCGUCUUCACUCUGGGCUCAUCCCACACACUCGCACAGACACGGCGGAUAGAUGCUGGCCAUGCCGCCGCGAGCUUCGCUCACGGGAUCCUUCUCGGUCUCAGACGAGAACAAUGUCGUCGUCUGUCCGCUGCGCAACCAUGACAGCUCGGCCUGCCGGAAGCGCUGCACUGGGGAGAAGCGGUACCGCUCCAUGCAGGAGCACAUUCGCCGCGCCCACCCCGAGCACUACAUCUCGAAGCUCCCUGCCACCGAGGAGAGCUUCACGUUGAUGGUCAACACCCCACCACAAGAGCGCCCGCCCCCGCAACCCCUUCCCGCAAGCUCAGCAGGCCCACAAGGCUUUGGUGCAGGCGACUUGAGUGUCUUCUACAACGACGACUAUAGCUCGAGCGACCCACGCACUUCCGACGAACUGCUGCGCAGAGGGUCGCUCCUGCCAGCUGCCACGGCUGCAGCCGCCCUUGCUUCGUUGCACAAUCACCGCCCAGAGUUCGAGUGGGACUCAGACCCGGACGCAAUAUCAGAGCCGGACUCGAAAGGCUACAAACCUCGCGCACGAUUCGCCCCCACCGCUCUAGAGCAGCACAUCACUGCCGAAGAACCCUACUACACGUCCACGUCGAUACACCGUGAGCUCCUACCCUCAUCACUUGCACGGUCACCGCCCGGUCGAUCCUCUACGCUGCCGCCAGCUCCUCGAUCCAUAAAGCCAAAUCGACCUCGCAAGUCGUCAGUAGGACAAAAUGCCCGCAAAGGCAAGCAUGAGCGGCAGAAGUCCAAAGACCAUACCCGUCGGAUGAGCUAUGACAGGAAGGCAUAUUCCGCCGAGCCUCAAACAGCUGCAGCGAUUCUUGGUAAGAGAUGGGAAGACCUUAUUGACGCUGCAGCCUCAGCUACAGAGGAAGACAGUCGAGACCUCACCCCUGUGCCCCAGUCGCCGUUCAUGUCACCACACAUGAUGGACAACCGGAAAUCAUUGCCGCCGUUUGCUGCCUCACAGUUACAGUCUUAUACAGCAUCGCCGCUGGUGAAUUCCCUGACGCCGCCACCAGCAGACAUGUCAGAGCUGCAGCCGUUCCCUUCCGUCGAAUCAUCCAUCGAGUCAGCGAUUUCUGGUCAAAACUUUCACAUACCCUCACAAGGCCUUUCCGACUCGUCUCCUACCUUUCCUUAUCCCGUCCAGAUCUAUUGUGCUGCCUGCCGCAAACUAUCGAACCUCAGAGACAGCUACGCAUGCUCCGAAUGCAUCUGCGGCCUAUGCCAAGAAUGCGUUGACGUCCUUGUCAGCGAACACACUCGUGGCAGAGCACCACGGUGUCCACGAUGCAACGCCAUUGGCGGCAAGUUCAAGCCUUUCCAGUUGGACAUCAGAUGAUUUUCUGUUCUACUACAAUCUUUUCACAUAUGGCUUUAUCUACGGCGUUAUGAUUUUAUGACACAGUCCCACAACGGGCGGCUCCUUGAUACAUCGCUACUACGCAUCACUAGCACAGCAGAGCAGAAUGGCGUUCUUUGGGAUAUAAUUUGGAGAUUGCAUAGACCGCAGGUCAAUAUUGGGGGUGGCAUUCUGAAUUUUGGCGUUCACAAGGCUGCCCAUGUGGCGCGUACAGCUGUCUGGAUACAAGCUACGUAUCGAUAGACGCUCUUUGCAAUGAAGUGGUUCUGAC